AUGCCCGAACCCGACUUUAUUUCGGUAGGAGCACAGUCCAAGGCCUGCCACAACUGCCGCCGCCGCCGUCUUCGUUGUGACAAAUCGCAUCCGUCGUGCAGGAAAUGCUGGAUUCGCGGUGAGGAAUGUCUCGGCUAUGGUACCCUCUUCCGCUGGGCCAAUGCCCCAGCUGUUCGCGGCCGUCUGGUUAGGCAGUUGACUUCUAUGAACCGUAAGAGAGUAGAUGCAGCAGGUGACUGGGAAGGCUCUUCACUCUCCGUCCACCCGUCUCUCCUGGAUCCGCUGCUGAAUCAUCUCAACCGAACGGCAAGGCACUACGUCCAUCACUUCGCCACGGCCGUGUGUCGGGACCUGGUCUCAUUUGACCAACCCGACCGCAACCCCUACCGCACCCUCAUCCCCCUGGCCAGCAAGUUCGACUUCCUCAACGCCAUCAUUGUUGCCACAGGCGCCAUGCACCUGUACGCGAUCCGCGGCGAUCCCAACGACCACCAGGCUGGAGCCGCCCCGGAGCUGAUUGAUGCAUUGGUCGCCAAGGACAAGGCCAUCCGAUUGCUCCGCGCCGCCGUCGACGGCGUGACGCCAGAAAGUCGGGCCAUGGUGCUGGCUGCCAUCGUCUUCCUCGUCAACCUCGACCUGAUCGACUCGGGCAAGGGCGGCUGGCAAAUUCACAUGGAAGCCGCCAGCGCCCUCAUGCCGUUCCUUCUGCGCGACCCCAUGUCCCGCCUGGACCCGUCUCUCAGGGCCUGCGUCGACGCCAUCGCCGCCGACUGCCUCACCUACCGCGUGACGGGGUCCGCCAUUAGCGGCGUGGCCCUGGACUCAUGGGCCGACCACGACCUGGCCAACUUUCUGUCCAUCCUGAGGCGCGCCGAGCCCUACAGCUACCACGGCUGUCCGCCCGAGAUCCUGCAGAUUCUCCUGUCGGCCAGCAAACUGUUGCACACCACCACCACCACCAGCUCCGAACAAGCCAAAGUCCUAGAGGCCCUUUCCCUGGUCGACCGAGCCAGGGCAUUUGAUGUGGUGGAGUGGGUCUACAGCAUCCGCGGCCUCUCCUCCCAGGACGACUUGAGCAUCCGCGUCGACCUAGCGCUUGCCCACCGCGCAACUGCAUGCUUGUACGUCCUCCUCGCCGUCCCGGAGGCCGCCCCGUCCUCCUCGGCGGUGGAUUUGCUCGUGCAGGAGGUGCUCGACCACCUGGCUGCCGUGCCUGUCGACCACGUUAUGUUCAAGGGCACCAUGUGGCCCACCUUCCUGGUCGGCGCCCAGACCGACGACCCCGCCCAGCGCGCUUGGUGUACCGAGCGCCUGGAGACGGUAUGGGAGAACGCCCCGUUGAUAUGUCCGUGGGGGUACAUCCGGACGGCGGUGCGGAAGAUGCAGGAUCUCUGGCAGGCGAGGGAUCAGGACCCGGCGGGUCGGGGAAAGAGGAACUGGUUGCUGGAGUUGAAGAAUAUGCGGGAGAAGUGUCUGAUUGUGUGA